AUGGCCGACGUCGACAUGACCGAUGCCCCUGGCAGCGUCGUCAAGAAGGGAGCUGACGGUGACUCCAAGGCCGCCGACGGCAAGAAGCGCUUCGAGGUCAAGAAGUGGAACGCCGUCGCACUCUGGGCAUGGGACAUUGUCGUCGACAACUGCGCCAUCUGCAGAAACCACAUCAUGGACCUCUGCAUUGAGUGUCAAGCGAACCAAGCCUCUGCCACGAGCGAGGAGUGCACCGUAGCUUGGGGCAUUUGCAACGAGCGCCUCAAUACAGUCAAAUGGUACAAUGAAUGGGCUGCGGCAAUUUGCACAAAGCCGGCCAAUGUGGCCGACCAGGAGGAGUAA